UUUUGAAGAGACGAACCAGUCUGGGCACUAUAGAGUUGAUAGAGUCAGCCACAACAGUCCGAACAAGCUGCCCUGCCCCAAAGGUCAACUCAGUAACAGCGCAAGACAACCGCGACACAUGGGUUCCUCCGGUCGAUAUCAGCCAUUUGACAGCACACCAACAACAACUAGUCACCCAGAUGUUGAGAGAAGAAGCCAGUGUUUUCUCUAAAGAUGACAGCGAUAUGGGAUGUAUCACAGAUUUGAACAUGCACAUCCGCCUCAAAGACGAUGAGCCAGUGCAGAAAUCGUAUACAUCUGUACCCCCUCCACUCUACAGUGAAGUCAAGAUGUAUUUAAGGGAUCUGCUGAGCCGUGGGUGGAUAGAGAAAUCAGAAUCCCCAUACUCUUCACCUGUAGUAUGCGUGCGAAAGAAGGAUGGCUCAUUACGCCUCUGCAUCGAUUACAGGGAGUUGAACCAGAAGACGAUACCUGAUAGACAACCAAUUCCACGAAUACAAGAUGUCCUGGACGGUCUCGGUGGAAACCAAUGGUUUUCCACACUUGAUCAGGGUAAAGCAUACCACCAGGGCUUCAUGGCAACAGAGAGCAAACCAAAAACAGCCUUCAUCACCCCGUGGGGUUUGUAUGAAUGGAAUAGGAUCCCCUUCGGUCUCACCAAUGCUCCCGCCGUUUUUCAACGCUGUAUGGAGAACUGCCUUGAAGGACUGGUUGGCGAAGUUGCGGUGGUGUACCUUGAUGACAUCUUGGUGUAUGGGAAAACCUUUGAAGAACACCUUGAGAAUGUGCGCAAAGUCCUCAGACGGCUCCAGGUGAAGGGUGUCAAAUUGAAACCAAGCAAAUGUUCAUUGUUCCAGAAGGAAGUGAGGUAUUUGGGGAGGAUCAUCGGAAGUGAUGGCUACAAGAUGGACCCUGCGGAUGUCGAGGCAGUUGAGGCGCUACGAGGAAAGAAACCUAGCACUGUUGGUGAGCUAAGAAAACUUCUGGGUCUUCUUGGCUAUUACCGACAGUAUAUUCAGAAUUUUUCCACGAUCGCUAAGCCCCUCUAUGACCUGCUGAAGAAGCCAAGCCCAGAAGUCAAUGGCCCAACAAGCCAUGGUACAACACAGCUAACAUCUAAGUCAGGAAGGAAGCCUGUGACAAGAAAGAGUGUACAGGUGUCGUCACGGCAACCCAUUGAAUGGGAAGCAGCACACCAGAAAGUGUUGGAACAGUUGCUUAGCUUUCUCACCAGCCCCCCUGUGAUGGGUUUCCCAGACCAUCAGCAACCUUUCAUUUUGCACACGGAUGCUUCAAACGAGGGAUUAGGAGCAGUCUUGUACCAGCGGCAAGAUGGAAAGAUGAGAGUGAUUGGUUAUGGGUCGCGGACGCUUACACCAGCAGAAAAGAAUUACAAUCUGCACUCUGGAAAACUUGAGUUUCUUGCCCUAAAGUGGGCGAUCACUGAAAAGUUCAGGGACUAUCUGUACUAUGCUCCCUCCUUCACAGUGUACACUGACAAUAAUCCCCUGACUUACAUUCUGACUUCCGCCAAGCUUAAUGCAACUGGACAUCGUUGGGUAGCAGAAUUGGCCGACUUCAAUUUUUCAAUCAAGUACCGCCCAGGGAAGUCCAAUGCAGAUGCCGAUGUUCUUUCCCGUAUGCCACUCAAUAUCGAAGACUACACAGCCCAGUGUACCAGUGAAAUAAGCCCACGUCAUCUCGGUGCUACUGUUGACGCCGUUCGAGCAGAAAGUUCUGGAUGCUUCCCAUGGGUCGGUGCACUGACCAUGUCUACUUCAAGCCCCGAUGAUAAUGUGGCGAACCUUAAUGAGAUUCCAAGAGCAGAAAUCAAGGUAGCGCAAAGAGAAGAGGAGGAUAUGAGACAACUCAUACAGUCCCUGGAAAAUGGCCGUCGGCCGGAUAAGCAGAGCCAAGAGUGCAAAUCCCAGAAACAUUAGUGCUCUUCUUCGAGAAUGGGACAAACUCGAGCUGGAUGCUGACGGAAUUCUCCAUCGAAGGGCAGGUGGUAAGCUGCAAUUGGUCCUUCCAAAGAAAUAUCACCCAGUGGUCUACAAAGAAUUACACAAGGAAAUGGGUCAUCUUGGCGCUGAACGUGUGGUUCACCUCGCUCGCGACCGAUUCUAUUGGCCUCGCAUGCAAAGGGACAUUGAGCACUUUGUGACCAGUGUUUGUCGGUGUUUGCAACAGAAGAAACCGAGCCGUCAAACCCGAGAGCCUCUUCAGCCAAUAGCCACUACCACUCCAUUCGAACUGGUGUCUAUUGACUUCCUUCAUCUGGAACGAAGUGUUGGGGGAUAUGAGUACAUUUUAGUAGUAAUGGACCAUUUCACCAGAUUUGCCCAGGCGUACCCUACAACAAACAAGUCAGGCAAGACGGUGGCAGAUAAGAUUUUCAAUGACUUUGUUCUCAGAUUCGGGUUCCCAAGCAGACUGCAUCAUGACCAAGGCAGGGAGUUCGAGAAUCAACUGUUCAAGCGGCUCCAGCAACUGUCCGGUGUCACUCCGUCGAGAACCACCCCAUACCACCCCCAAGGGAACGGCCAGGUGGAGCGAUUCAACCGCACGCUCUUGGGGAUGCUUCGGACUCUGCCUGAGAAGGAGAAGAGCCGCUGGAAAGAUGCAGUGAACAAAGUGGUACACGCCUACAACUGUACACGUUCAGAGAGCACAGGAUUCUCGCCAUUCUACCUCCUGUAUGGACGCCCCCCUCGUCUCCCAAUUGAUCUAGCCUUUGGGUUACCAAGGACAGGCACGGCUGCAAAGGACCCCCACGACUACAGUCGGCAGUGGAGGAGACAAAUGGAAGAUGCCUAUGAGACUGCAAGGAGAAAUGCGGAGAGGUCCUCCAGCCGAGGCAAGCACUAUUAUGACAAGAAGGUAUGCAGUUCCGUGCUCCAACCUGGCGACAGAGUUCUGGUGCGGAACUUGAAUGAAAAUGGUGGGCCUGGAAAACUACGCGCAUACUGGGAACGUGAAGUUCACACUGUUGUGAAGCGAGUAGCUGAGGACUCCCCUGUCUAUGAACUCCGCCCAGAGAGCGGCGAGGGACGAAAACGAACUCUUCACAGGAACUUGUUGCUGCCCUGUGACUUCUUGACCAGCGAAAAGCCAAGUGUGGAAAGGACAGUGUCCAGUGCCACCACACCAGGCUCUACCAACCGACGCCAGCCAGCACCGAGUGUGAGGGAGGAUGCGAGUGACUCCGACAGUUCUGAAGAUGAUACCAUAGUAUCCAUUCAGAACACCACCCCCCGAGAAGUCCCCAAACCCCCAGUCCCAGCUCCGAGGCGCACAAAACAAACAAGUCACAUUGGAUGGCAUGUCGCAAAACCAGAGCUUGUCCGCGGAACUCCCUCAGGGUUGAACCAGGAUGCACAGGAGUUCAUCCCAGCCAGCGAGCAACAGACGGAGGGAACUGCUACAUCUGCCCCUCGACUGAUGGUGACUGGACCAGUUGAAACAUCGUCCGCAAUGUCACCGCCAGCUACCGUUCCGGAGCAUGUAACUGCUGCCGAACCAGAUACCAUUUCUGCACCAGUCACUACCCACGAACCAGGAGUACAUGACCGGUCACCUAUGACGGCUGAACCUGCCCGACAAGAUUUCCAAGAGGAGACUGAUCGACCUUCCAGCGACGCACCUGGAGAUGAUCCAUGCCUCGCCAGGGACGAAAGACGCUACCCCAUGCGACAGCGCCACCCACCACAGCGACUUGCUUUUCAGCAGCUUGGUGAGCCUUGCCAGGAUCAAGGUUCAGUGAGGGCCGUGCAAACAAACAGCUUACCGAUGUACGGAUUGCAUGCUACGACACUACAACGACCGCCGUCCACUUGGUGGCCUCCGACCCCUGGGCACUGGAACACCCCAGUGAUGCAACUCGGGCCACAGAUGCAGGUGCUGCCAUGGCAACAGUGGUACCCAACACCACCGCACCCAGCGCCACUGUACCCAGCGUCACCGUACCUA